GCAUGUACGACGUUUAUUCAAUGGAUUUAAUACCAUAUGCCCAAGGAUCAGUCACUGACCAUGUAUAUCCAGAAUACAAUAAGUAGAUAAUGAGGGCAGACACCCAUGCAGUCGCAACGGCCAAUGUCAAUGGCAAACAGCCCACCCCACCCCUUUUUUUAUGUAGAAGGCAUACCUCACGCAACCAGACCCGAACAAAACACCGAAAACUCACACCCAAAAUCCCGAGAGACAAGACACCACUCACAGACAGAUACAGGCUGCGGAGACAGACCAAGAAACAAUCCAAGAUCCAAAAUAGACAACAGAUACAAAAGACCAUGCACAUAACACAAAAUAAACAAGGGAAUACCGACUCCAGAACCAACAGGCCAAAUAAAACCACGUUCCCAUCGUCAGUAAACCAACCAUGUACGAGAAUGAAAUAGACAAAAACGCAAUUAACCCGUUUCUCCACAUAUGGAUCAGACCCGAAAGAUAAAAGAUCCAUUCAUCAUCUUGGUCGUAUAUGUACCAUGCUCGUUUUUGGUAUGUCAAGCAUAAAAAAUAAAAUGAAAAUCGUCAAGUUAA